AGAGUCAGGAGGAAGGGACAGACCAUAAGAAGAGAAUCUGAGACAGAGAUAAUGGGGCUUGACAGAGGAAAAAAAGAGGCAAAGAUAGUGAGAGAGAAGAUAAUAUCAAGAGAAACAGAGAGGGACAGAAAUACCCAGCAAGACUGAGAGGGAGACCCAGGCGGAGCUAGAGGGCCAAUGCAGGAGCCUCAGGGGAUCCCCCUCCCCCAGGCUACCCAGGGCUGGUCUCUCCCUGUAUCUCUUCCUCUCUUUCUGACAGGCAGUGGGGGAAGGGGGUCAGUUCCUCUUUCACUGGAAGGAAAAAAGUCCAGGCUCCAGUAGCUGUGAGGGGGCCCUGAGGGGGAGGGGCCCAGGGACACCCAACCCAGCCUGGGCUACCUAGGAGCCUAGACCUCCUCCCCCUCCCUCCCCAGGGGGCAACAUGAACCGGAAAGAAAGCAAGAGGAAGGGUCACUUGGAAUGCUUGGGAACUGCACCGAACCGGGGGAGGGCCCGCCAGGGCCGGAGGCACAUGACUUGCCCCAGCCCCCGGGAGAUCACCAAGGUCAUGGCCUCCAUGACACUGGGACCCUUCAGCAGAGGCUGCAGCCUGGAUGAAUUACUGGAGAAAUGCAUCCAUUCCUUCGACACAGCUGGCGGACUGUGCCGAGGGGACCACAUGCUCAACAUGGCCUUGACCAUGCACAGCUGGGUGCUGUCCUCAGCUGACUUUGCCCGGCGCCUGCUCAGCAUGUACCAGGAGGCCAAAGGAGAUCGACAAGAGCAGAGAAGGCUGCAGAUCUGUAACCUAGUCAGGUACUGGAUGGGCCAAUACCCCGAGGCCCUGCACCUGGAACCCCACCUCGAUGAAAUCAUCAGCAACUUCUGGGAAUUGGUGGAGCAGGAGGGCAAUGCAGCCCCGAGAUGCCUCGAGACCUCCACUGGGAGCCUGAGUCCCCCAGAGGGACCUCUCCCCCCAUCAAACAGCCCAGGGCUGGGGAAGAAACGCAAGGUGUCGCUCAUCUUUGACCACCUGCAGACAGGGGAGCUGGCAGAACACCUCACGGACCUAGAGUUCAGGGCUUUCCGGGCCAUCACGCCUCAGGACCUGCGCGGCUAUGUCCUCCAUGGCUCAGUACGAGGCUGCCCAGCCCUGGAGGGCUCUGUAGGCCUCACCAACAGUGUGUCCAGAUGGGUACAGGUCAUGGUCCUGAGUCGACCCAGCCCAUCUCAGAGAGGCCAGGUGCUUGAUAAGUUCAUUCAUGUGGCCCAGAGGCUGCGGCAGUUGCAGAAUUUUAACACGCUCAUGGCGGUGACUGGUGGCCUAUGCCACAGCGCCAUCUCCCGGCUCAAGGAUUCUCAUGCACAGCUGAGCCCCGACAGCACCAAGACCCUACUGGAGCUGACAGAGCUCCUGAGCUCCCACAACAAUUACGCUCUCUAUCGCCGAGCCUGGGCUGGCUGCUCAGGCUUCCGCCUGCCCAUCCUGGGCGUCCACCUGAAGGACCUCGUCUCGCUGCACCAGGCGAUGCCCGACCACCUGCCGGAUGGGCAGCUUCACGUGGCCAAGCUUAAUAGCCUCUAUCUUCGGCUGCAAGAGCUCAGGGCUCUCCAGACCCAGAGUCCACCUGGCAGUGCCAGCGAAGACCUGCUGCAUCUGCUCACGCUGUCUCUGGAUCUCUUCUACACAGAAGAUGAGAUUUAUGAACUUUCCUAUGCCCGGGAGCCCCGAUGUCCCAAGACUCUGCCCCCCUCCCCCUUCAAAGCACCGCUAGUAGUAGAGUGGGCUCCUGGAGUAGCCCCCAAGCCUGACAGGACCACUCUGAGCCGACACGUGGAACAGCUGGUGGAGUCUAUUUUCAAAAACUAUGACCCAGAAGGCCGGGGCACUAUCUCUCAAGAAGACUUUGAACGUCUGUCCAGCAGUUUUCCCUUUGCCUGCCACGGCCUCCACCCACCCCCUCGACAGGGUGAUGGUCCCUUCAGCCAGGAGGAGCUGACAGCCUACCUGCUUCGGGCCAGCGCCAUCUGCGCCAAGCUGGGCCUGUCAUUUCUACACCCUUUCCACGAGGUCACUUUUAAGAAGCCCACAUUCUGUGGCAGCUGCAGCGGUUUUCUCUGGGGAGUCACCAAGCAGGGAUACCGCUGCCGGGACUGCGGGCUCUGUUGUCAUCGCCACUGCAAGGACAGAGUGGAGGUCGAGUGCAAGAAGAAGGUGGGAGCUAUCUCUCCUGGGCUCCUUCCCCCACAGGAAGUCCCCUCCUCGACUGGUUCUGAAGAGAGUUCCCCUUCCCCAUCACCUCCUGGGACCCAAAAGAGAACCCAUCUUCGUCAUGCCUGGACCCAAACUGAGUCUCCCCUGGAUGGGUCUGCCUCCGACAAGGCUCCUACCUCUGUGCUAUAGGAGACACAGCUGGUAAGAAGGCAGAGGAGACAGGGGGAUGGACAGACAAGCUCGGGGUGGGCAUGGAGAUCCCAACCAAUGCCAACAUCCUCGGGUGGAGUGCCUGUGCCCUCAGGGCCUUCCAUGUGCCCACAGGAUCACAGACUGCCAGUGUUGGAGAAUUCUAAUAUGGAGCUGGGUGGUGCUGACUCCAAGCUUAAGCCAGUGACUUGGGAGACCCCUACUCCUUAAAGCCCCAGCUUUGCCCUCCCUCUCCCCCGUUCUGCUCCGGGCACAGGCAACAACAUGGGAUACAGAUAUUGUAAAUUAAAUCUAUUUUUCCAGAGAA